AAGUAGGUGGACCUCUUGUUGCUCCGCCCCGUGACCUGCGCGCCUGCGGAGAAGCCAAAGGUCAGGGGUUGUAGAGCCGUCAUGGCGGCGCUGUGUAGGACCCGUGCUGUGACCGCAAAGAGUCAUUUUCUGCGAGUGUUUUUCUUCUCUCGGCCCUGUAGAGGCACAGGCACUGAAAGUGGCUCCGGAAGCGAAAGUUCUGAGUCCACGGAGCCUAAACAGCGCCCAGGCGGCUUCGCGAGCGCUUUGGAGCGGCACUCCGAGUUGCAGCAGAAGGCGGAGUUCGGGCGGAUGAGAGGCCACACCCAUGGCAUAUUGAAGUUCCCAAACCAGAGGUCGAAUCCAAGCUGUAGCUGCCAACCACGUUCUGAGAUGUACACUGUUCUGAGAUAUCCGCCAGGGGGCUCUCCGAAAAAUGUGGAGUCCUUCGCAUCUAUGCUGAGACAUUCCCCUCUUACACAGAUGGGACCUGCCAAGAAUAAACUAGUCAUUGGACAAAUCUUUCAUAUUGUGGAGGAUGAUCUUUAUAUAGAUUUUGGCGGCAAGUUUCACUGUGUGUGUAAAAGACCAGAAGUGGAUGGAGAGAAAUACCAGAAAGGAACCAGAGUCCGACUGCGACUAUUAGAUCUUGAACUCACAUCUAGGUUCCUGGGAGCAACAACAGAUACAACUAUCCUAGAAGCUGAUGCAGUUCUGUUAGGACUCCAGGAGAGUAAAGACUCAAAAUCAAAAGAGGAACGUCAUGAAAAAUAAAAGAACUUUGCUUAGUGCAUUCCCUCCUUUUUUGUUGAACCCAGGUAUUAUUCAUCAAGAAUGCAAUUAGACAAUUAUGAGUAAAUGAUUGAAAGGCAUAAUAAAUGGAAGCUAUAAUUAUAGCCCUUAUUUGUUAGAAUUUUCUUUAGCUGUAUCUCCCCUCCCCCUAUUUUAUACCCAUUCUUUCCUUUGAUUGGGAUAGUGUAAAGUGCACUGAGAAAUCCUGUCAUUCAGUAAAUAUGUUUUGAGUGCUCUCUAUGUUCAUGACACUGUUCUAAAUACCAAAGAAAUAGCAGUAAACAAAUUAGACAGAAUUUGCCCACCCAGCAGAGCUUACCUUUGGCUAGGGGAAAUUGACAACAAAUAAGUAAAAUAUGUAGUAUGUUGGACCGUGAUGUGUGCCAAGGACAAAAAUAGAGCAGGAAGGACAGAGGACUUCAAUUAACAUUUUUUCCAAGGAAGACAUAGACAGAUGGACAAGAGGUACAUAAAAAGAUGCUCAACAUCAGGGACAUGUAUCAAAACCACAAUGAGAACCUCAUAUCUGUUCAAACGGCUGUCAUCAAAAAGCCAAGAAAUAACAAGGGUUGGCAAGGAUGUGGAGUUUUAAAGGGGAACUCUUUAUGAGAAUGUCAAUUGCUGCAGUCCCUCUGGAAAACAGUAUGAAGGUUCAUCAAAAAAUUAAAAAUAGAACUACCACAUGAUAAGCAAUUCUACUUAUGGGUAUUUCCAAAGAAAAUGAAAACAUUAACUUGAAAAGAUAUAUGCUCCCCCAAAUUCAUUGCAGCAUUAUUUGCAAUAGCCAAGGUACAGAACUUAAGUGUCCAUCAACAAAUGAAUGGGUAAAGAAACUGUGAGAUACACACACACAAUGGAAUAUUAUUCAGCCAUAAAGCAUAAGGAAAUUUUGCCAUUUUUGACAACAUGGAUGGACCAUGAAGGCAUUGUGCAGUAUGAAAUGAGUCAGACAGAGAAGGAUAAAUCCAUAUGAUCUCACUUAUGUGUGAAAUAUAAGAAAAAGCUCAUGGGUACAGGGAUCAGAUUGGUGGUUGUAGAACAGGGGUCAGGGGCAGGGCGAAUGGGCCAAAUGGGUGAAGGGGGUUAAAAAGCAGAAACUUUCAGCUGCAAGGUAAAUAAGUCAUGGGGAUAGAAUGUACAAUACAGUGACUAUAGUUAAUUAUACUGCAUAGUAUACUUGAAAGAUACAAGAGAUCUUUAAAAGUUCUCGUUACAAGGAAAAAAUUCAUAGCUGCGAAUAGGACGGAUGUCAAAUAAACUUAAUUUGGUGACCACUUCUCACUACAUACAACUAUCAAAUCAUUAUAUUGUAUACCACAAGCUAAUGUUGUAUCUCAUUUGUAUCUCAAAAACAUAAAGCAAGGAAUGGGAUUAUUAGGUAUCAGAGUGACAGAUUGAAAUUUAGGUUGUGUUGUCAAUGGAAGGCUUCAGAAGAAUUUACUUUUUUUGAUGUAUAAGAUUUUAUUUUUCCACUGAUACAGCAUUUAGAAAAAGCUCUUUAAGAGCUUCUUUUCUAAAUUGAGGCAUAAUUGGCAUAUAACAUUAUGUUAGUUUCAGGUAUAUACCAUGAUGAUUUGAUAUUUAUAUAUAUAAUAAAAUGAUCACCACAGUAAGUCUAUUUAACAACUGCCAUUAUUCAUAGUUACUGGAAAUUUACCUUUGAAUAAUAUCUGAAGGAAUUAAUGGUGCUAGUUUCAUGAGCCCUGGGAAAGAGUAUUCUAACAGAGGGUAUGGCUGGUACAAAGGACAGGAUUGUGCCUGUCCCAUUUAAGGAACUGUCCCAUUUAAGCAAUAGUAGAUGAGCAGAAGGAGGGAUAGGAGAUGAACCUAGAGAAGUGGGGGAGGCUUUGUAGGACCUGGUAUGAACUUUGGCAUCUAUUUACUGAUUGGGGUGGAGGGUUCUGCAGGAUUCUGAGCAUAGCAGACUAAAAUCUGAAAAUAUCACCAGAUCCCUUUCCAGCUGAGUGGACUAAAGAUGAGCAACGGCAGCAGUGCAAGACCUUAGGAGACCUGUAGCAAUCCAGGCAAAAUAUGAUGGCAGCUUGGACAGCGGAGUAGCAGUGGAGGUGGUGAGAAGUGCUUGCGAUCUCAUUAUACUUUGGAGGUAGAGACAAUGGUGUUUCCUAACAUUGGAUAUGGAAUAUGUGAUAAAGAGAGGAGGGACAGAUGACUCCAAGGUUCUUUGGCCUGUGAAACUUAAAGAACCGAGUUGCCUUUAACUGAAAAGGGAGGAGCAGGUUAGAAGGGGACUAUGAGGGCUCAGUUUUGGACCUGUUAAAUUUGAGAUGCCUGUUAGCCAUCUAAGUGGAAAUCUUCUGCAGGCAGUUGGAUACAUGGGUCUGGAAUUCAUGGGAGAGGUCUGGGUGUAAGAUAAAAACUUGAAAAUCUGGAGUUCCUGUUGUGGCCCAGGGCAAACGAAUCUGACCAGUAUCCAUGAGGAAGCCGGUUAAAACCCAAACCCCCCCAAAAAAAACCCUUGAAUUAUAAACAUCUUAUUAUUUUUCACAAAUUAUAUAGUUCAGUUGCCCCAGAACAAUGAUGAUCCAUCAGAAGCAUCCCAAAAUGAGUAGGAAUGUCCUCUCUCGUCCUCCCACCCAGCUCCAUCAUUGGAGAUGCCCCGGGUAUCACCUCGGCUUGAACACCGGGCUGGAUAUGAAGGGACAGCAGCUAGAGGCUGUCUAUGAGCUACACUCAAGUAGACUCUUGUACUUUUUUAAACCACUUUAUUGAGGCAUGAUCAACAUGUGAAAAGCUGUACAAAUUUAAGGUAUACAACGAUUUUGAGGAGAAGCAUACAGCCGUGAAAACAUCACGCUAUCUGUCACCUCUGGAAGGUUCCUCCCACCUCCUUUAUUAUUAUUAUUUUUUUUUUUCAGGAAGAUCUGAACAGUGUGUCUUUAUGCUUGGGUCACACUUUUCAAACAUCCAAGUGCGACAUAUAAAAACUACAGCUCUGAUUUGUCGUUUGGUUUUCUGAGCAAGAACAUAAACUUGAAAUAAGUGAAUUUUCAGUCAUGACGGGUUUAUCGUAUCUUUGUAGGUUUCUAAUUUUAUUUGAAAUAUAGAUAUGUCAUAAGAGUUUCUCAGCCCUUGGCAGUUUCAUUUUUAUUUAGCCUCAGAUUUCAUUACUCUAAGUAUGGUGAACUCUAGUUACCCAUCAUGUAGAAAGAUACAGUGGUAUAGAUUACCCUAUUAUUUGAAUUUAGCUUUGGAAUAUGUAUUUUUUUUUUCUAUGAAGCAAAUCCUUCCUUUAAGUUGUGGUAAAAUAUACAUAAUAUAAGAUUUACCAUUUUAACUACUUUUUAAGUGUGCAACUCAGUGGCUUUAAGUACAUUCUCGUUGUGCAAUCAUUAUAUUUAAGUAUAUUCUGUGUUGUCCAGAGCUUUUUUGUCAUCUCAAACUGAAACUCUGUAUCUAGUAAGCAAUAGCUCCCUGUCUCUCUGCCCCCAUUCCCCAUAAUUGUCUUUUUACUUUUAUGUUUCUAUAAAUAAUUUGACUAUUC